AAACCCGUGUUUCAACAAUGAUAAAUCCAGGUUGGCUAUGUUCACAUCGGCAUUACAGGAUGGACUCCUUCACACCGACCUUACUACUCAUCCCCCGGAUACCUUCAAAGAAGCAAUGGUCCGGGCGGGGAGGUAUGUGACCCUGGAAGAAAGGAAGGAGGAGGAGAAAGAGAAGACUCCUAAAGAAGAAGAGAAGACGGGGACUAAGAAGCCGUUUAAAAAUAAGAAGCAGGGCUUCCCGGAUGGCCCAAAGGGCACAAGUCCUCGGACCUCGGAGAAGCACAAAUCUACCAAUCCAGUCUUCACAUUGCCGGUGGCUAAGGUCAUGGCCCACGCUGCACAGCAGGGACUUAUGACUUAUCCAACCUAUUCUCAAAAGGUUUGUAAUGUGGAGGAUACUGGGAAGUGGUGUGCUUACCAUCGCAAGAAUGACCACAACACGGAAGAUUGCUAUACUCUGAAGAAUGAGAUGGCAAGGCUAAUCCGCCGGGGUCAUCUAAAGAAAUUCGUGCAAGAUAGUGAUGCGGGAAAUCGCGGGAAUGCUCAGAAUGGAAAGCGCAGAGAUAAAGAAGUGGCUCAGGCUGAGGUCCGGGAGAAACGCCACAUUGGGCUUGAAGACGAAGAGGAGGAUUCAGAACCCGCACCGCAUCGCCAGAAGAGACACCACGGGUGUAACUUCAUCAUUGGAGGGAAUACUGGCGGAGACUCAGCCACAAGCCGGAAGAAGUGGGCUAACGCGGCGAUGGUCAACAAGGUGUUGGUCCCAGAAGGUAAGAAGCUGAAAACCGAGCCGAUUGUAUUUUCUAAUGCUGAUCUUCCAGAAACAGGGAUCCCCCACAUGGAUGCCCUAGUGAUUACUAUAGAUAUAAUGGACUUACUGAUCCACAAAACCCUUGUGGAUACGGGAAGCUCCGUUAAUAUCAUGUAUAUGGAUACGUACAAGGCUCUUGGUUUGACAAGGGAUGAAUUAUCACCCAUCAAGACUCCACUGACCGGGUUCACCGGUGACUCUAUUGAACCUGAGGGGGUGAUAACCCUCCCGGUUGAGAUAGGGGAUACUAAGGCUACCCGGAAGUUGGACAUGGAGUUUGUUGUGGUGGGGAUAAUCUCCAACACAAACAUUAUCCUGGGCAGACCCGAAUUGGAAGAUUUGGAGUGUGUCAUCUCGCCUCGUCACCUGUGCAUAAAAUUCCCAACCCCCCACGGAGUUGGAAUUGCCAGGGGAUCUCAGAGAGUGUCCCGGGCAUGGUAUUUGAAGGCAACCAAACAGCCGGUCAAGUACGAUACCCAAGUGGGAGAGGUGACUGCGCAGCUCCUGAGGGCUGAGGAAAAACGUCCCGGAGUAGAAGUUGCUGGCGACAUUGAAGAAGUGGAAUUGGAGCCAGGCACGCCGGGAAGGUUGGUCAGGAUUGGCAAGGGCCUGGGGGCUGAACUCAGAUCACGAGUGAUUUUUGUUCUUAAGAGGUUCAGGAGGGUCUUUUCAUGGAGUCCAGCUGAUAUGCCAGGGCUGGAUCACAAGAUUGCAGUUCAUCGCCUAAAUGUCCUGCGGGAUGCUAAACCAGUGAAGCAGAAACGGAGGCAUUUGUCGCAGGAAAGAAGAGAUUUCGUGAAGAAGGAGGCUCACCGGAUUGUUGUGCUCACGAAUGAGCCUUUGGAAUCACUAACCCGAAGCCCCGCGGCAUCUGCCCGGAUGACCAAGUGGGCAGUCUUCAUUAGUCAGUAUAACGUGGAGUUCAGGCCGCGCCCAUCCAUCAAGGGGCAAGCACUCGCCGACUUUCAAGUUGAGUGCACCGCUAGAGAAAUGACAAGAGCCCAGGUUGAAACCCGAGUGGAAAAGGACUGGUGGGUAAUGAGCAUUGAUGGAUCUUCUGGAUCUCGAUCUUGCGGAGCAGGGAUCGUCUUGAUCACCCCAGAGAAAUUUCGGAUUUAUUACGCUAUCAGAUUUCAGUUCCGCGUAUCCAAUAAUGAAGCUGAAUAUGAGGCCCUGAUCAACGGAUUGAAGAUUCUUAGUAAGAUGGGAGUAUCCAGGGUUCAGGUUUACAGCGACUCCAGAUUAGUGGUGGGACAAAUCACAGGGGAGUUUGGAGCAAAGGAAGAAAGGAUGAAGAGGUACCGGGACUUGACUUUAGAGAUGUUGGGGAGGUUUGAGUUUAAGCUUGAACAUAUACCCCGGGCCCAGAACGCAGAGGCCGAUGUUCUAUCUAAGCUCAGCGCAGAGUCACCGGAAUACAUAAGCAAAUUAGCAAUCGUCGAGGAGCUGGCAACCCCGAGUCUUAACAGAAGUGAGGUGAUCUGGGUAUCAGCUGAUCCCCCGGAAUGGCUGGACAGGUUGGCCAAAUACAUUGAGGACGGUGAAGCCCCGGAGGAUCCCCAAGAAGCACGCCCGUUGCGAAUGAGGGCACCAACCUACCAGGUACAGGAUGGAGUCCUCUAUAAGCAAUCUUACAACGGUGUUUUACUCCGUUGCCUCAGGGCAGCAGAGGCAAAGGCACUAAUGGAAGAAAUACAUGAAGGAGUAUGUGCUGCACAUCAGGGUCCUUACUCCAUCUCCAGAAGGGCUAUUAUCCAAGGAUACUUCUGGCCAACGAUGAGGAAGGAUUGCGAAGAGUAUGUACACAAGUGCCCGACCUGCCAACAAUUCCAGAAUAUACCCGGGAGGCCAGCCACGAAUUACACGCCCGUCAGCUCUGUGAUUCCCUUUUCAAGAUGGGGGAUUGAUAUUGUGGGAGCCCUGCCGAAAGAAGUUGGGCAGGCAAGAUGGAUUGUGGUGGCAAUAGACUAUUUCACCAAGUGGGUGGAAGCUGAGCCACUUGCUGGGAUCACCGGAAGGCAGAUGAUCGACUUCGUCGGAACAAAUAUACUCUGCAGGUUUGGGGUCCCGAGGCAGAUCAUAUCUAACAAUGGAACCCAGUUUGAGGAAGCAGAGUUUCAAGAAUUCCUCAAAACCUGGGGAAUUCAGCACACAAAGGUGUCCGUUGCGUACCCUCAGGCUAAUAGACAGGUGGAGAAUAUCAACAGAACAAUCAUAGACGGAAUAAAGAAGAAGCUACUUUCAGAAGGAAGCAAAUGGGUAGAUGAACUACCCAGAAUCCUGUGGACAUACAGGACGGCUCCAAGGAGAGCCACGGGUGACACUCCUUUCGGCUUAGCUUAUGAUUUCGAAGCCCGGGCUCCCGCUGAGGUAGUAAUCCCCACCAGGAGAGAAAUGGAAUAUAGCCCGGAGGUAAACGAACAGAAUCAGGCUGUAGAGCUGAAUUUCGUAGAGGAACGACGGGAUGAAGCACGGAUCCGGGCAGAGAAUUAUCGUCGCCAGGUGAAAUCUUACUUUGAUAGCAAGGUGAAACCAAGGGCGUUCCAGGUGGGGGAUUACGUUCUGAGGAAACGGGAGAAAAGUCAACCAACUAAGGGUGGGAAGCUGGCUAAGAAGUAUGAAGGACCUUAUACCAUCAAGGCCGUUGUUCGCCCAGGCCUCGCACCAGAGACCAACCGGGAAGCUCCUGAGUGGGGAUUGCGUCUCUUCUGCGGACGAGACGUGCCAGGACGGCCAGAAGAGGCUUCCGUCCUGGCACCGUUAGAAGCACGCCGGGACUCGGAGGAGCGCCCCCUGACACCUGUGGGGGGAGAUGAGGGUGAUUCUCCUCCCUGGGCAAGGGAGAAGUCACCGAUUGUUCAGAGACAAGAGAAUGCCCAGAAGAGAGCUCAGGCAUUGGGGGCCCAAGUGAAGGGAAUGCCAACGAAGAAGAAUCAGAAGAAGAAUCGGAAAUAGUAAGAUCAAUAAAGACGACUCUAUUGG